AUGUCGGGUGCUGCUGAGACCCCGCCGCUGGCGAGGUGCGCACGAGGGCAGCGAAGUUGGAACACGAGCGAAGCGCAGCACAAGAUCUUCGAAGCGCCUAAAGAGAUUAAGGCGACCCAGCAGCAACUGCGUGGGGCCUCAAAGAACAGCGCCUUCGAGGCGACCCUGAAGGCGAUGCUCAAGGCGGCGCGAACGAAUCGCAGCAUCGCGAGGUGGAGUGCACUGGAAACGUUCUUCGAGGGCUAUGUACGGCACCUCGAGAAGCAGAGCCGCGAGGGGGAUCAGGCGGGUUUCUACAGGCACCUGAAGAUGAUCGACGUCGAAGGUAAGAAGUCUUUCACCUCUCAGAACAUCAAGGACGAGGACGGCAAGGUCCUUCGGAACCCCACAUUUAUCCCCCAACUGUGGGCACGGUGGUUCCACAAGCUUCUCAACACCAAGUCGCCGAUUAUCGACCUGCAUGCGGCUGACAAGGUCAAGCGGUGGCCCACGUGCGUGCCACUCGACGACAUCCCAUCUCUACUUGAGGUUGAGGAAGCGGUACGGGAAAUUGCCAACAGAAAGGCCGUCGGGCCGGGCGACCUACCGGCUGAGCUGAUCAAGCUUUUCCUGGACGGAGAUCAAGACGGGGGACGUACCACAGCNCCACACGCCAGCAAGGUGCUGCUUAAGGUCGUCGCUACACGACUGAACCACCACUGCGAGCGAAAGGGCAUCCUCCCGGAGGAGCAGAGCGGUUUCCGCCCACACCGGUCGACGCUCGACAUGCUGUUCGCCAUCCAGCGGCUCCAUGAGCUCGCGAGGAAGAAGAGUACUGCGGUGUUCGCGUGCUUCGUCGACCUCACCAAGGCAUACGAUUCGGUGGACCGAGACCUACUGUGGGACGUGCUCCGACGCUUCGGCGUGCCCCCGAAGAUGCUGGCGGUCAUUCGCCACUUCCACGAGGGCAUGAGGGCGCGCGUCCGAACGGACGACGGGCAGUACUCGGAAUGGUUCGACGUGGGCCAAGGCCUCCGACAGGGAUGAAACCUGGCCCCGCUGCUGUUCAACUUGUUCUUUGCCGCAAUGCUCAUGGUCGCCGUGGCCGAGUUCGACAAGGACCCCAAGGUGACGGCGGACAUGGUCAAGAUCCGGACAAA